AGCUGUUCAUUUCAUAUGGCCAACGAAACAAAGACCUGCGCCCACUGCAAAAACACCGCCGAUGCUAGAGGACUCCCAUGCCUCCAAGCUUGUGCACGUUGUAAGACGGCUCUAUAUUGUGGUCGAGACUGUCAGAAGGCCGACUAUAAGAGUCACAAAAAAGUUUGCUCUAAGCCCGUCGAGCACUCCAAUCCCUACGCCGCGCCUCGUCUUCACGACCUUGAGCAACAUGUAUCCGAUCCGUUCACUCGACUCGAUAAAGGCACGUACCUGCAUGAUCGACCGGAAAGCGACACAUUUAAGCUUCUCAUCGACUCCUUUCGUAUCCGGCAAGCGGAUGACUUUGAUUACGAGAACAAGACCACGUCACCAAGCAUCUACACCGGUGCUGCAACCAGCACUGAACCCUUUCGUCGGUACCUCAACAGGGCAACUGCAUGCAAAGGCCUCCUUCCACCAUGGUGGACUCCGGAGAAGAUCGAAGAGUGUGUGAUCUUUGGAGAGAGUGGAGCCUGGAGUGAUAUAAGGAAGAAAGUGACAAAACAUGAAGUCAUUCAGCAUUAUGGAUAUGACAAGAUGCCACUGCAAUUGCGGUUGUUGGCUGAAGCGAUCUAUGGCGUAGGUACGAUGGGACACAAUGGUUCAGAUGUGCGAAAAAUGAUGACGCAAAUCGAAAGUGGUGGUUUGCCAAAUGGUCAAACUAUGAGGACGAUUGAUAUUAGUCCGAAGCGUUAGCACAGACGAGUGUAGCACAUGACAAUAAACUCAAGCUUCGUAAUCACAUGAAUUUACAGAAGCAAUCGUUGACCUAG